UGGACUGAGGGGCGGGGAGCAGGGGUGGAGCGCGCGGAGGGAGGCGAGGGGCUGCGCGGCCGGACUCCAUUAGUCGCUCGGCCGGGAGCAGCGCGUCGCCGGCUGAGGAGGCCCCGGCCCGCCGCCGCGCGAGCCUCUGGCCGGGAGCGCGAGGAGCGCGGAAGGAGCCAUGGCCCUGGACGGGAUCAGGAUGCCGGAUGGCUGCUACGCGGACGGGACGUGGGAACUGAGCGUGCAUGUGACGGACCUGAGCCGCGAUGUCACCCUCAGAGUGACCGGGGAGGUGCACAUCGGAGGGGUGAUGCUCAAGUUGGUGGAGAAGCUCGAUGUGAAGAAAGAUUGGUCUGACCAUGCUCUCUGGUGGGAAAAGAAAAGAACUUGGCUUCUUAAGACACAUUGGACGCUGGAUAAGUAUGGCAUUCAGGCAGAUGCGAAGCUUCAGUUCACCCCCCAGCACAAACUUCUUCGCCUGCAGCUUCCCAACAUGAAGUAUGUGAAGGUGAAAGUGAAUUUCUCUGAUAGAGUCUUCAAAGCUGUUUCUGACAUCUGUAAGACUUUCAAUAUCAGACACCCUGAAGAACUCUCUCUAUUGAAAAAACCCAGAGAUCCAACAAAGAAAAAAAAGAAAAAGCUAGAUGACCAGUCUGAAGAUGAGGCACUUGAAUUAGAGGGGCCUCUCAUCACUCCUGGAUCAGGCACCGAUGUUCUUUACAUUGGCCCUCUGAAAGGAAGUAUAUAUUCAAGCCCAGGACUUUAUAGUAAAACAAUGACCCCCACUUACGAUGCCCAUGAUGGAAGCCCCUUGUCACCGACUUCAGCUUGGUUUGGUGACAGUGCUUUGUCAGAAGGCAAUCCUGGUAUCCUUGCUGUCAGUCAGCCAAUCACAUCACCAGAAAUCUUGGCAAAAAUGUUCAAGCCUCAAGCUCUUCUUGACAAAGCGAAAAUCAACCAAGGAUGGCUUGAUUCCUCAAGAUCUCUCAUGGAACAAGAUGUGAAGGAAAAUGAGGCCUUGCUGCUCCGGUUCAAGUAUUACAGCUUUUUUGAUUUGAAUCCAAAGUAUGAUGCAAUCAGAAUCAAUCAGCUUUAUGAGCAGGCCAAAUGGGCGAUUCUCCUAGAAGAAAUUGAAUGCACGGAAGAAGAAAUGAUGAUGUUUGCAGCCUUGCAGUAUCAUAUCAAUAAGCUGUCAAUCAUGACAUCAGAGAAUCAUUUGAACAACAGUGACAAAGAAGUUGAUGAAGUCGAUGCUGCUCUUUCAGACCUGGAGAUUACUUUGGAAGGGGGUAAAACAUCAACAAUUUUGGGUGACAUCACUUCCAUUCCUGAACUUGCUGACUAUAUUAAAGUUUUCAAGCCAAAAAAGCUGACUCUCAAAGGUUACAAGCAAUAUUGGUGCACCUUCAAAGAUACAUCUAUUUCUUGCUAUAAGAGCAAAGAAGAAUCCAGUGGCACACCAGCUCAUCAGAUGAACCUAAGAGGAUGUGAAGUUACCCCAGAUGUAAACAUUUCAGGCCAGAAAUUUAACAUUAAACUCCUGAUUCCAGUUGCAGACGGCAUGAAUGAAAUCUGGCUUCGUUGUGACAAUGAGAAACAGUAUGCACAUUGGAUGGCAGCCUGCAGGUUAGCCUCCAAAGGCAAGACGAUGGCAGACAGCUCCUACAACCCAGAGGUGCAGAAUAUUCUCUCCUUCCUGAAAAUGCAGCACUUAAACCCAGAUCCUCAGUUCAUACCGGAGCAGAUCACAGCUGAUAUCAAUCCUGAGUGUCUGGUGUCCCCUCGCUAUCUGAAAAAGUACAAGAACAAGCAGGAAAAAGGAUGCAAAAAACAGAUGCCAGGCUAUAUAAGAGAUUUGAUAACAGCAAGAAUCCUGGAGGCCCAUCAGAACGUAGCUCAGAUGAGUCUAAUUGAAGCCAAGAUGAGAUUUAUUCAAGCGUGGCAGUCGCUACCAGAAUUCGGCAUCACACACUUUAUUGCAAGGUUCCAAGGGGGAAAAAAAGAAGAACUUAUUGGCAUUGCGUACAACAGACUGAUUAGGAUGGAUGCUGGCACAGGAGACGCAAUUAAAACAUGGCGUUUCAGUAACAUGAAACAGUGGAAUGUUAACUGGGAAAUAAAAAUGGUCACCGUAGAGUUUGCAGACGAAGUACGAUUGUCCUUCAUCUGUACUGAAGUAGAUUGCAAGGUGGUUCAUGAAUUCAUCGGUGGCUACAUAUUUCUCUCAACGCGUGCAAAAGACCAAAAUGAGAGUCUGGAUGAAGAGAUGUUCUACAAACUUACCAGUGGCUGGGUGUGAGGAGAAGUGCGUGGUGAAACUGUGGCCAUACUGAUAUUUAACUUUCAGAGCUGUUGUUUGUUAUAUGCUGCUUAAUAAAGUAAGCUUGAAAUUCCUCAUUUUAUCAUGAAAACUCUUUUUGCCUUACCAGACCAGUUAAUAUGUGCACUAACAACACGACUGUUAAUCUGCUAUCAUGAUACAGUGUAUGAACUCGAACAGUCACACAUUCCUUAGGCCAUGAAUUGAAAACUGAAGUAGUGGGCAAGUCAGGAACAAACAUCCCCGGUUGAAGCUAGCCAACUUGCGAGAAACUCAAGCCAUCUACUUUACAGCUAUCCAGGGCUUAAACUAUAUGAAGUCUAUUUAUCAUGUUUAAUGCAUGUGUUUUAAUGUAUGUUUAAUUUGACCUCGUGUUUUAAAAAUAUCCUACUUCUGGUGGCCAUUUGAUUCCCUCCCCUGCACUCCUUACAUAAUCCAGGCUCGCAAAAGAUGCCUGAUAUUUAAUAAUGUUACUGUUUGACCUUGAAGGAAAAUGCUGUUAGUCCGUUAUGCUUGGUUGGUUUUUGUUCUUGAAUAAGCAUGUAUGUAUAUUGUCUUGUUUUUAUUUUUACACCAUAUUGUAUUAGAACACUUUUUAGUAUUCACCAGCAUAUUCACUGUCUGCCUAAAAUAUGCAACUUUUGCAUUACAGUAUGAAGUAAAGGUCUCUGAAGUGUGCAUUUUAUGUAACUAAUGUACAAACACAAAUUUUAUAAAAUUGUACAGUUUUUUAAAAAACUACUCACAGUUAGCAAAUGGCUUAGACGUAUCAUCUUUGCAUUAAAUGCUUUUAAAAGUAUAAUUAAUGUGCAGUUUUAAUAUCUGCUAAAUUAAGAAUGACUUCAUUACAGUCGUGAUUUGCCACAGUGCCCUUAACUCUGCCGCCCGCGCCGGCCGUGCUCCAGUCUGCUGCGCUGUCACGACCCACGUUGGUGCUAGUCAGACAACUCAUAGCUCACGUAGCCCGAGAGGGUGCGGGGAGGGACGGGUUACAAGUAUUGUCCAAUAACCCAUGGUUUAAAGACUGUAUAAAUGCAUUUUAUUUUAAAUAAAAGCAAAAUCUUUUA